AUGAUAUGAUAUAUAAUCGUAUAGUCACAGAGACCGUUUCUCAAGACUAUUUUUUUAUAGUAUGGUAUUAGAGUACUUUACAAUAAGGAAAGGAGCUGACUACUUUCUCCUCCACUGCUCCUCUGUAAACCCAUUUAAACACAUCUAGAUAUGAUCUGGCUAAACAUUUUACAGGCAAUUAAGAUUUUUCCUCUGGCAGUCGUGUGUGCAUAUGAUUCACACCAUCAUUACAGCGUCUUAUUCCGAGUGGGGUGGUUUGUUGUCUCACUCUCACAUUUCUACUCCAACAAAUAGAGACACAUUAUCACAGUCUGCCAGACUACCAGCAAGUUACUUCACUUCCUCUUUGCUUACUCUGUUUCCAGUUGGGUAAUAACUCCUGCUCAUUUCAGGGUUUGCUUCAGUUCCUGUUACUGGACAGCUAAAAGUUAGUGGGGGGAAAAGUGCUCCAGUGUUGUACAGUCUCCUAGAACAGACACAGCAAUUUUAAUUCUUUUAUCUUGCAAAACGUGACUGUCUGACAGCUCUAAUGUAUUUUAAAAGGAGUUUUUUUUUUAAUUCUGGCAAUGGAUUAAAAGAAAUGUGUCCAUUUCUAGCCCUAUUCAUCCUGGUUUUAAUCCCCUCCAUCUGCAAAGGCCUGCAGAAGAACAACUGCAACGUUGUCCCUAAAGAUCCGUACAUUGAAGUGGGAUCCAAUAUUGAGAUAGUGUGCCAGUCUUCGUGUAUCCAGGAGAAGAUCUUCUGGACACUGGACAACAGAUCCAUAAAUGAAAGCCUGUCUAAAACUGUCAACACCUCACAUACAGUCCUGUCACUGAGGAACUUCACUAAACCCACUGCCACACUGCAGUGCCACAGUGCCGAUACUCAGCAAGUCCUCGGAGGCACCAUCAUCAGAACGUACUCAAAACCAAGCAAAAUAUCAUGCGUCCUACACAAGUUUCAGGCAAAGAGAGGUACACCGCAACUGUUCUCAUGCGACUGGGAGCAUCACACAGAUUCUUCAUUAGGAAUUAACUACACUGUACUGUGCUGUACAAAUUCGUCCUGCCAGCCCCCGAUAGAACUCUGCAACUCGCGUGAAACGAAAUGCACAUCCAACUAUGAAGAUGUCGCUCGUGAAGCACGUUUGCUGUGGAAUGACAACAUUAUCGUAAAAGUCAGAGCUAAAUCUGCUGCUUGGGAAACUUUUUCUGACAAUUACGAAUUCACACCAUUAAAAAUAUUGAAAAUUCCCUGGCCGAAGUUUGAUGUAACUGCCUUCUCUGAUCGUCUCUUGAUUGAGUGGAAGAUCACGCCACGUGUUUCAAACUAUCAGUAUCACUGUCAAGUCAAAUACAGCAAGGCACUCAAUGAAGGAACUCCAGAGAGGGUGCUCAAUAAGACUCUGAAAAACAGAGACAAAGGAGAAAUGACCAUUGAAGAAGUGGAAUCCUGCCACAACUACACUUUCAUGAUCCGUUGUGCUUUACAUGACGCUCCCUGGAGUGACUGGAGCAACACGAAGACAGUUCUGACCAAACUAAAUAAAAAUAACUUCAAGCCACAACUGUGGAGAAGGAUAGCAGAACCCGACAAAAAUGGAGUUAGAAAAGUUCAUGCCAUGUGGACUGAGAUUCCUUCAGAAUGCCAGGACACAUUUACCUUCGCUCUCAAACAGACUCCCUACAAGGAGCACAUGACGGGAGUAGAGCAUACGGUUGCUUUAUGUGACAGUUCAGUUUGUGAUGUGAACCAAGACGCGCACAGAAUAAAUCUCACAGUCUUCCAAAAUGAAGUCCUAUUUCUGGAGGACUCUGUACAUGUUCCAGCCAUUGGAGAGAGUUUACCUCAAGUUACUGACAUCCAGGCCACAACCCUUGAAGGUGUCAUUCUGGUCAGCUGGAAGGCUCCUGCUCAGCCUGUCAGUGGUUACGUGAUCGACUACACCCACAAUGGAAAUCAGAACUACUGGAAGGAGACGAAAUACACUAAUGCAACACUGUUUGACCUCCUGGAUAAGAAGCCAUACAAUAUAACAGUAACUCCCCUCUUUGGCGACAAGACUGGUCAAGGCACACAGGUCCUUCAGAUCUGCUCCAGAGUAGGAGAUCCAGGGAAUGUCACUGUCAUCGGUGUUCAGGCUAAAGACAGAAGUGCCUUUGUGAGCUGGAGUGUGAAGUCUGAGGAGGCCUGCACUGGUGUUGUUGUGCACUACACCGUCUUCUACAGUGCAGAGAAAGGACCGCAGCUCAAUGCUACUGUAGACGGUACAAUGAGGAACAUCUCUUUGAAAGAUCUGAAUCCAAAAACCCGAUAUGGCUUCUAUGUCAAGGCAACAGCUCUUACUGGAUCUGCCAGUAGCAGCAAGAGGUUCUUCGAAACCAAAAGAUUUGAUCCAAGGCUCAUCACGACCCUCAGUGUCUGCGGAGGAAUCCUCAUAGUCCUUGUGUUGUCUUUUGGGUUAUGCUGCGCUGUUCAGUGGAAGAAAUUCAAGGAGAAGCCGGUGCCAAACCCUGCCCACAGUUCUGUGGCACUGUGGGCAUCGACAAGACGUGAAAAGGAAAAGUGCCCCUUCCAGUUCCAUAAUCCAUCCACAAGCGACUUUGGCAUGGUUUACCCAGAGGACGCUCAGAGAACGGCCACCUCUCCACUAAUUACGGGCUGGAGUGAUAACCCAGAGCAUUCCUCUGUCCCAGCCAGUCUUCCUGCACCUGAUGUACAGAAUACACACCCAGUUGAACCUCUAGAGACGCAGCAUCCGUUUUCUCAUGGAGAAUCUACUGAACUGCUUGCUUCAGAGAGCAUGCCUUCCAGCCCAUAUCGCAGUCAGAGUCCCGUUCCCGUAGAAAUUCCUGCCCAGAGGAGCAGUAAGCGUGUUCCAGUGAAACAUUUCGAAAAGACGCCACCAUUAACUGUUUACGUCACUUUGGACAUGUUUGAACAAGGUCAGGGAAGGUGAAACAAAAAGUAAUUAACAUUCCGCAUAAUCCACACAAGAACCGCAAGUCAGUCAGCUGUGAAUGAAGCAGAUGUGGUUGGAACUUUCAAAGAUUUCCAUGGUUGUGCGUGACAUGAUCUUGCUUGGCACUGUUACCACUGUGCAGGUAGAGACAAAAGUCUAAUCUUGCGUCAGACUUCAAUGGUAAUAAAAUGCAACAUUCGUGCAAGAUAAAAGUAUAUAUUGCCAUCUGUUACAAUCACGUAAUGUUCAUAACAAAAGUGUGAGUAAUAUCUGUUUUAUUACGUCACGUUGGUGUCUUCUGCAGUGAUGAUUACAUGGAAGUGACUGUAUAUAUCUGCAGCAACAGUUUUUGGUUUCAUUUAGAGCAAAUCCAGUGCUCGUAAUAGAAGUUUUUGUUUUACAAAGCAGUGAAAUUAGGACCCACAUUAUGCAGAGGAGGGGAAGGCACGAUGGUCACCUCACAGCACAAGGGUUCCGGGUUUGAGUCCGGAUCUCCGUCCUUCUGUGUAGAGUUUGCAUGUUGUUUGCAUGUUCUCCCUGUCCGGGUACUCCAGCUUCCUCCCACAGGGUCAAAACAGGCACGUUUGGGUAAUUGGGUGCUCUCAUAAUAUGAGCGACUGUAUGUAUUCUCAUAAGCUCCUCUUAUGUUUUCCUGUUGGUUAUCAGUGAUAUCUGCACUUGUUAAAACCGUAGUUACCUUCCUGCUUGACACCAGAAAAUCGGCACUCACUGCAAUGUUUCCAGUUCAACCUGGCAUCAGUUUUAACUAUGACAUAAGCUGCUUGGUAGUGUAGCACUUCAUGUUUCCCAGCAAUUUUAAGAUGUGCAUGAGGUAGCGUAGCUGUUUUUGUUUAAAAUGAGGUGCAGAUGGCUACAGAGCUACACUCAGUAAGCUGUUUACAGACAUAAUCGUAUGCAUUGUCACAAACUCUGUUUCAUUUGUAUUUUUUAGAAUUGUGAUGUUGUGUAAAGUUUGAAAACCUGCAUGAGUUUUAUAAUAAGUGUACCAUACUGAGCAUGUAACAAUAACAAACAUCAUCAGGGGCGCAGGAGCAGAUAAUCAAAAGGUACGAAAACAUUAAACAUGUAAAAUCAAGCACAAAA